AUGUUGUCGUCCAAGGGAUGCUAUAGGCCGGCAAGACUGACCAGGCCGGAUUCCAUAACUAUUUUGAUCAAUCAUGGAAUUAGCUCUGCAAUGGUGGAGAAGGUGAAACAAGAGAUUGAAGACCUCUUUAAUCUCCCAAUGGAGGAGAAAAAGGAGCUGUGGCAAGAGCCAGGUGGUACACAGGGAUUUGGGCAGCUCUUUGUGGUGUCUAAAGAACAAAAGCUUGAUUGGGCUGACCUCUUUUACUUGCUAAUCCAUCCAACUCAGUUAAGAAAUCCCAAAUUAUUCUCCAAGCUCCCGAUUUCUUUCAGGGAAACCAUGCUAGCGUCCUUGGAUGAAAUUGCAAGUAUUGCCAUGCUUAGAGCAGAGGAAAGGGAGUUGAUGGAAGGAGGAUUAAUGCAAGCUUUGAGGAUAAACUACUACCCUCCAUGUCCAAAACCAGAGCUUGUGCUAGGAGUCACCCCUCACUCCGAUGGCAGCCUACUCACCAUCGUCCUCCAACUUAAUCAAGUGGAUGGCCUCCAGAUCAAGAAGGAUGGAAUGUGGAUUCCUAUUAGGCCUCUUCCUAGUGCUUUUGUGGUUAAUGUUGGAGAUAGCUUGGAGAUUCUGAGUAACGGAAUUUACAAGAGUAUCCAGCAUCGAGCAGUAGUAAACUCGGAGAAAGAGAGGAUCUCAGUCGCAGCAUUUCACAGCCCAAAGUUUGAAGGGAGUUGGGACCAGCACCAAGCCUUGUCACCCUGA